AUGCCGCCAAAGCACAAGAAGAACCAGAGCGACGCCAGCUUGGGGCCGCAAGACGACGAGCAAAUGUCCAUUUUCUUUCACAAGGAAUGGGAAGACUACGGCUACAUGUCAAACUACAAGCCGGCCAAGCUUUCCGCGCCGGACCCGGCCAUUGCUUGUGCCUCCUGGCUGCUGGCCUCUCCUCGAACCGCAGACAACAAUGAUGCAGACGAAACGCCGCCCAACGAUGCGCCCACCAUCGAAUUCCAGCACUCCGAGCAGUACUACAUGUACUGCAAAGCUGCAUGCUUUGGAGACACCGUUGCCUGCCAGCGCAUCCUGGCUGCUACCAAGGCCAGCGACUGCAAAGACAUCGCCCGGACCGUCCGCGGCUUCGAUGCCGCCGUCUGGAGCCGCAACGACCGCCCUCUGCACGUCAUGGCCGACGCGCUCUGGCACAAAUUUGGCGGUGCACACCUUCAGCACGUGAUUGACGACGGCGGCGACUGGCUCGGGCGCGAGGCGCGAGCGCAGCUGCUCCCGGACAUUGGCCGCCAGCUGCUGGAAACCGGCGACCGGCAGCUCGUCAAGGCCGCGGGCCGCGACUCCUACUGGGGCAUCGGCUACGGCAUCAAGUAA